CCAUGGAGCCGGUGCCGCUGCAGGAUUUCGUGCGCUUCCUGGACCCCGCUUCCCUCCCACGCGUGCUGCGGAUCUACUCGGGGGUCUAUUUCGAGAGCUCCAUCUAUGAGAUCGCCGGGAGUGAGUGCUGCCUGUCCACGGGGGACCUGGUCAAGGUUACCCACGUCCGCCUCCAGAAGGUUGUCUGUGAGAACCCAGGGACGGGUCAGACCUUGGAGCUCGACCCCAGCUUCCAGGGCCACUUCAGCCCCCUCACCAGCGGGCAGAGCUACAGGACCCUGGGGGAGCUGGUCUCUGCCGCAGCCCGGAGCACCACGCAGCUGCCCGUUUCCUUCAUGUCAACCCGCAGCAUCACCGCCGACGCCAGGGUGGUGCCCCAGGACCAGCCCCUCUCACUUGAGGCUGUGGAGACGCACCUCGGGACCCGCUGCGCCCGCUGCGUGCUGGACACUGGGUCGCAGCGGGUCGUCCUGCGCCUGCCCCUUUCCCUGAAGGGGCCCUUCUGGAAGUGGGAGCGGUGCCCCCGAACCCUGCUCCAGGCCCUGCAGGACCCAGCCCUGAGGGACCUCAUCCUCACCUGCCCCAUUCCCUGGAGCUGCCUGGUCCUGAGGCCCCUCUACGAGGUCCAAGCCAUCAUGCACAUGCGCAGGACCAUCGUCAAGAUCCCCUCCUCCCUGGAGGUCGACGUGCAGGACAUCACCGCCUCCGCCCAGCACAUCCGCUUCAUCAAGCCGCUGCAGCUGAGCGAGGUCCUGGCGCGAGGAGGCCCCUUCCCCCUGGCCGCCGAGAUCCUGGAGGUUCCAGAGGGGCCCCCCGGCUUCCUCGGCCCGUGGGUGGGCUCCUUGGGGAAAGGCCGGAAGCUCUGCAUCCAUGGCCUGGCCUCUCCGGCCUGGUGGGUCCUGGCCUCGAGCAAGGGCCACAAGGUGCCCCGGCACUUCCUGGUGUCCGGGGCCUACGAGGGCAAGCUGCGGCGGCGGCCCCGGGAGUUCUCCAUGGCCUACGACCUCCUGGGCGCCCUGCAGCCGGGCCGGCCGCUCCGGGUGGUGGUGACGAAGGACUGUGAAGCCGAGGCCGGGGCCGGAGAGGACGCUGAGGCCUGCGCCCUGGCUGUAGGGGACCGGCUGGAGGUGCUGGGGAUAAGCCAGGUUCAUGGGGCCCAGGGCAGGGACGAGGACGUCUUGGUGUGUCAGCGGCUGAGCGAGCGGGCUGGGGAGGAAAUGGAGGAAGAGGAGGAAGUGAGUGAAGAGGAGGCGGCGGCCCAGGAGCGGAUGCUGCUGCCCCUCCAUCUUGCCGGUAGCUUUGUGGAGGAGGUGAGCGACGGCCGGCGCUAUAAACUGGCAGAGCUGACGGCCCAGUUCCCGCUGCCCUGUGAGGUCAAGGUGGUGGCCAAGGACGCCAGCCACCCCGCCGACCCCCUGGCCUCCAUCCGGGGCCUGCGGCUGGAGGAGAAGAUCACAGAACCCUUCUUGGUGGUGAGCUGGGGCUCCGAGCCCCAGGUGGCCUUUGCGAUCCCACCCCGGUGGCUGGACCUCACGCUGGUGGAGUACGAGUGGCCACAGGGCCAGCCUGCUGCGCCGCCCCCUGUGGCCACGGUGGAGGAGUUGACCGACACCUUCUACUAUCACCUGCGGAAGUUGCCGGCCAGCGCCAGCCAGGCGCCCCCACCCAGGCCCCCCAAAAGCAAGGGCCUCAGCGGGCAGAAGAUGAAGAGCCAUGAGGAGGGCGGUGGCGAGUCUUCUCAAGGCUUCGGACGGCCACAGCCCGCUCUGCUGCCCAAACCCAAGGCGAUGACCCAGUCAGCGUCCAGCAGCUCACAUAAGCACAGCCAGGUUCCUGCCCACAGGAAGGGCCGCGGGCCUGACAGGCUCGAAGCCCAGGAUGCAGAUCCCGACAAACACGAUUACGAAGAAAUACUGCAGCACUUCCAGAGCGCCAUGUAGGCGCGGUCUCGGAACCUGAUGCCAGCCACCCUCACGCGCCUCCAGGAGACCUCGGGGUGGGUGUGUGGCCAGUGGGGACGCCUGGGUGCCACAGCAGCGGAGCGCUUGGGGUUGAAUUCCGGCCCUGGUUCCUGACACCACCCUGGGAGGCAGCGGUGAUGGCUCAAGUAGUAGGGUCCCUGCCACCCACACGGGAGAUCUGGCUUCAGACCCCUGGGGAGAGAACCAGUGAUGGGAGCUCCCUCUGUGAGUCUGAAAAAAAAAAAAAAAAAAAAAAAAAAAAAAAAAAAAAGACCAACUUUGGGCAGAAUCUCACAGAAAGGAGGCUGCAGAGAGGAAGUGGCUCUGUGGGGUGUGCUUCGCAAUGGAAUGGACACCACACCCACUUCCUGUGUGGUUUGGAUUCCUGCUUUGUUUGGGGGCCCAGCACCUUGCGCUGGACUCCUUCAGCCACAGGAGCCAGCUGGGUUCCAUGCAAUGAUGUGGCCCCACCAGUGGUCCUGCUGGUGUGCGAGGAGGGUCCAACAGGCCCCUGACCUCGGGAUGGCGGUGCCGUGAA